GGGGCAGGGCGUACAGAGGUUGGGAGGCUAUGAUGAUGAUGGUUGCCAUGGAGUUGUGCCAAAAGAGGAAGGCACUCAAACUGACUGCUGAUUGGACUCCACUUAUCUAUUCUCAACUGGAUCCUCAAAGAUGCAUGACAUUCUUUUUAUUCUACGACUGAUUCUCAAGAUUCCUUGAAGUGAUUCAUCUCUGUUCAAAUUUCCAUAUGCUACUCCCUUUCCUCCUCUUUCAGCAGAAGACCUCAAUUCCUACCUUAGUGAGAAAAAAAGCAAAGUUAUCCAUCUAUGGCCAAAACUAGCAGCCCAGGGCCCCAUGCUUCUCCUACACCCCCACAAUGGCUGAAAUAUGACUGACAACUGGGAUCAUGUGAAGAAUUUGGCACAGGAGCCCCCCCUCGACUUCUCCUUCAAAAAUGUAAACUUCAUCCAAGACCUGACAAGUGAGGAGCCUAGGAUUGGGCUCCGACCAGUAAAGCGUUCUAAGGAGGGUAAGUCACUGACCCAGGCCUUGCGCAUUAACAACAACGUGCUCAAUGACCUGAACGACUUCACUCAAACUCUGUCGCAGCUGUUGGAGCAUCCCCAGAACCUGGCUUGGAUUGACCUGUCCUUCAAUGACCUGGCCAACAUCGACCCCGUGCUGACUACCUUCUCCAACUUAAGUGUCCUUUAUCUCCAUGGCAACUGCAUCCAUCACCUGCCAGAAGUGGAUAAGCUGUCAAGUCUUCCCAAGCUUCGGAGCUUGACCCUCCAUGGGAACCCUAUUGAGGAGGAGAAGGGGUACAGGCAAUAUGUGCUGUCCAUCCUACCCCGAAUUACUACCUUUGACUUCAGUGGUGUCACCAAGCAAGACCGGAUCACAGCCACUAUCUGGAGACAAAUGAAUGUCAAGCCCAAGAAGGUCCGAUUGAAACGGGAUAAUUUUUUAUAACUCCCUCUCCAUGCUUAAAGCCCCAAAGCCCCUAAGACUCUGGUACCCUCUCCCUCAACACUUAGUUUAGCAAUAAAGGAAAUGACCUGUUCUAGA